AUGUCGGCGAUUUAUAAUCUCGAGCCGCAGCCCACUGCGUCGGUCAUCAUCCACACGAAUCGCGGAGAGCUGUCUGUCGAGCUGUUCGCAAAGCAGACUCCGUUAACAUGUCGCAACUUCCUGCAAUUGGCCCUCGACGGCUACUACGAUAAUACCAUCUUCCAUCGCUUGGUUCCCGGAUUUAUUUUGCAAGGUGGCGAUCCGACAGGUACGGGCAACGGCGGAGAAUCGAUAUACGAUGGAGGCGCAUUCAGUGGCGACCUGGAUCCGUGGCCCAUGGACCAGCGUCAGGGAAAGAAUGCAGGGCCAACGGGAAUCAACUUCAAGGACGAAUUCCAUUCACGUCUCAAGUUUAACCGUCGAGGUCUGCUGGGUUCUGCGAACGAAUCGCGCCCCGAUACGAAUGGCAGCCAGUUCUUCUUUACCCUCGACAAGGCGGAUGAACUCAACGGCAAGAACACCCUUUUCGGUCGAAUCGCCGGCGAUACCAUCUAUAACUUGGCGAAAAUGGGCGAGGCAGAGGUGGACGAGGCGACAGAGCGACCAGUCUACCCUGUGAAGAUCGAGAGGAUAGAGAUCCUGGUGAACCCUUUCGACGACAUGAAGAAGCGAUCCCGGGUUGCCGUCCAAGCGCCAAGCAAGACAACUACGGCAAAGGACAAAAAGAAGAAGCGGAAGGGAGGAAAGCAGCUUCUCAGCUUUGGGGACGAGGAGGGUGACGAAGACAUGCCAGUGCUGAAAAAGAAAAAGUUUGAUACGAGAAUUGUCAUGGAAGCCGAUCAUGACGAGGAACCACCCAAGGAGAAACCCGUGAAACAAAAGGCGAAAAAGGAGGAAGCACCAAAGAAGAAGUUGCCAGUGAAAGAUGAGGAAGAUGAGGAGGAUAGGAGGGAACCAGAACCACACAAGAAAGCAGAACGAAAGCCCAGCCCACCUGCGCGCCAGCGCGAGGAGUACAAAUCCCCCGAGCCCGAACCGCCCAAGAAGACUGCUCUGGAGCGGGCCAAUGAGGAAAUGGCAGCGCUGAAGGCAUCAAUGAGACGGAACAUUCACACCGAGGCGCCUGUGCAAGAAAAGAAGAAGACUGCGCUGGAGUCCAUGAUCCCUGAGACAUCUAUCAGGGGCCGCAAGCGAAGGCCCGGUGCCAGCAAUACAUCAGCAACUGAGGAUGCAAAGACACUUCGCAUGCUAAAGGCCUUUCAGUCUAGGCUGGACAAGGCACCCCCAGAAAAGGACAAUGAACCCUCAGCGCCCGUUGUCAAGGAAGAGGAAGGAGGUCCUCAAGCUGCAGAUGAUGAAGCUGAGUUAUGCGAUUUGCACUUUAUUGCAAACUGUCAGAGCUGCACCUCAUGGGACAAGCAGGAGAAGGAGGAAAGCGAUGACGAGGGCUGGAUGUCACACGCUUUGAGCUUCGCGGCAGAUAAACUGGGCAAGGAUCUCAGCAACCGCAAGAAGGCUGAGGAGGAGCUGGUGGUGAUUGAUCCACGCGAGAAAGCACGAAAUCUCAAGGAAGAGAAGCGGGCAGGGCGUGAUGCGAGACAGGGGAAGACGGGGAGAGCAUGGGAUCAAGCACGAGACGCUGCAAGGAACGCCAAGAUGGCUCAGGCGGCAUCUCUGGCGGGAAGAGGUGCAAAGUAG